AACCUUUUGUAUCGGGCUACAUACAAAGUUUAAUCUUCUUUCGACAUUGGAAGGAAACGAAACCGGUAUACUAGAAGCGGCGGAGCUGCUGUAGCCAUCCGGAGGUCUGAGAUCGAGAGGCUUUUAACUAUUUACAAUGCUUGAUUUCUUUAUCAUGGAAAGAAAACUGCAAUCUUGAAGGUCAGUGCUCCAUCUGGGUGGCAAGGUUUUGAAACCCAGAAACCCACAUGACCUGCCAUGAUAACUCCAUCUCACAUAUUGAAAAUCGUAAAGAUUGAUGAUGGCUCCAAAGAGAGGGGUGAAGCCCCCAGUAGCUGCCAAGAAGAAGGUGACCAAAGUGGUCAACCCUUUGUUUGAGAAGCGACCGAAGCAGUUUGGGAUUGGAGGAGCUCUCCCACCGAAGAAGGAUUUGCACCGAUUUGUUAAAUGGCCAAAGAUAAUCCGCAUUCAACGCCAGCGCCGUAUUCUCAAGCAGCGCCUCAAGGUCCCCCCUGCUCUUAACCAGUUCACCAAAACCCUUGACAAGAAUCUUGCAUCAAACCUGUUCAAGAUGCUCUUAAAAUACAGACCAGAAGACAAAGCUGCAAAAAAGGAGAGGCUUUUGAAAAAGGCUCAGGCAGAGGCAGAAGGAAAACCUAUUGAAGUCAAGAAGCCUAUUGUUGUGAAAUAUGGUAUCAAUCACGUAACUUAUCUUAUUGAACAGAGUAAAGCACAGUUGGUGGUCAUUGCACAUGAUGUUGAUCCUAUAGAGCUUGUAGUGUGGCUUCCUGCACUUUGCAGGAAAAUGAACAUUCCCUACUGCAUUGUCAAGGGGAAAGCACGACUUGGAACUAUUGUGCACAAGAAAAAUGCCACUGCACUAUGCUUGACAUCUGUGAAGAAUGAAGACAAGAUGGAAUUUAGCAGGAUUGUUGAGGCAAUAAAGGCCAACUUCAAUGACAAGUUUGAUGAGUACCGACGACAAUGGGGUGGUGGCAUUAUGGGCACCAAGUCUCAGGCAAAAACAAAGGCCAGGGAAAAACUCUUGGCCAAGGAAGCAGCACAAAGGCUGACUUAAGAUUCUCAUUUUGAAUAGUUUAUGAUCAUCUGUUCCAAAUUUGUUUUGGAGGGGUCAAAAAGUUUUGGAUUUUAAGUUUACUUUGAGCUUUUGCUAAUUGUCAAGGUUUAUCUGGAGUUAAUGACCGCUGUACUCAAUUAUAUCUUCUGUAUGGAUAAAUAUUAAUUUAUUUUCCUUUGUUAUUAAUAACUUAGAGAAACUUGCUCGAGGCUAUUAUUGUUCUUA